AUGGAUGAAAUAAGAACAGUUCAUCAAUGUUUAUUUUGUCCGCAAACAUUUGGCAGUGCCAGCAAAAAAGAUGACCACAUUCUACAGCAUUUUGCCCACGAAACAUGCAUCGAAUGCGACCAGAAUUUAAUUCGAAUCGGUAGUGAUUUGUACACUCGACACAAUGCCGUAACAUGUAUCAAGGUGAAUUUUGUCAAAUCGGAAGAAUUAGCUGAAAAAGAAUACGAACAUGCGAAGUCACCGACCAGUCAAGAAAUUUGCAAUGAUGGUGAAUUUGCAGCAGACUAUUCGUCGUUGAAUCCAAUUUUCAUUGAAGAAAUGGAAUUGAAGCCAGAUGAUUUGAACGAACAGCUAAUGUUACGGGCCAACUGUGAUUCUGAACACGAACCACAUGAAAACCACAUUGAACCAAAUUCAAAUCAAUUUACCGAUUCGAUGGGUGUAUCUGAAUCGACAAGCAAUCAAAGCAGUGAAACCGAUGACCGUACAAAAUGUAAUAUUUGUAACAAAAUAUUGUCAACAAAAAAUGCACUAAAAACACACAAGUUAAGGACACACAGUGCACCCGGCCAUUUUCCAUGUCAGCUGUGUAAUAUGAUUUUGACACGAAAGGAUUCAUUGCGUAAACAUAUGAAAAUGCAACAUGAUCCAAAUUGUGUCAAAUUCAAAUGUUUUUAUUGCUAUGCUGUGUUUUUGAAGAAAUCAUCUCUAGAAAAUCAUCAUCCCAAAUGUAAAAAACGAGCCGAAAAAUUAAGAAAUGAAGAUUGUAGCACCACCGUUGAAGCCGUUAACACUAUUCACAUUAAGGAGGAACAAAUCGAUGAUGAUUAUGAGAAUACAAUUUGCACGGAAACUGUAGGAAUGGGACCAGCACAACAAAAUGAAUACAAUUCGAUUGAAACUCAUAGUCGAGAAAAC